AGGCGGAGCCUGGGCUCUCGGUGGGCAGGAUUAGAAAGUGGUGAAGUAGCAGCCUUCCCAGGGCACCUGCAAAGAUUGCUUUCCAUAUGUUUAGGCUUUCUUUGCUCAGAGCUCCAGGCUGCCCGCCUCUUGCGCUUGCAACCCUCUCUGGGCUGCAGUCCUGUACUACGCCUUGUGAAAGGAACAAAGGAAGGAGCUGACAUGGUCCAGGAACUGGUCCUUACCCUCCAAGCCCUGGGACUACCCAGACCUCUGCUGGGGACCCCUGCCAGCCAGCUACUGCGGGAAUUACACGCCAAGAUCUCUGAGCUGCUGCCUUCCCUGCCCGCAGGGUCCAUGCAGCCCCUCCUCAGCUACCCACUGGAUACACCCCGAUGGCAAGCCCUGGAGUCUCUGUCCCAAAGCCUGAAAGAUCAGUACUGCUGCCGCCGCUGCCUUCUGCUCAAGCGCCUGGACCUGACAACGUCUGCUUUCCACUGGACUGAUCGGGCAGAGGCCCAGGGAAAGGCCAUGAAAGCAGUGCUGCGCCCACUUCGAGAGGUCCUUACCCCAGAAUCUGAUGUCUCCAUUGCACAUGUUCUGGCUGCCCGAGCUGACCUUUCUCGCCUGGUUCCGGCCGCCAGUGUGGCAGCCCGCCGAGGGACCUGCUGUGCCAUCAACAAGGUACUUAUGGGAGACGUGCCAGACCGAGGGGGCCGCCCAAGCGAGUUGGAGGCGCCCAUGCCCACCUGGCGGAGCCGGAGAGAAGAUGGAGGAGGGUGGAAGGCAGGCCACCAGCACUGGGGCCAGAAGAAGAAGAAAAAGAAGAAGUAAAAGUAGAGGAGGGUGAGGGCAUCCAUCAUGAGAUGCCGAUGCCAUUGGUAAUCUGACGAGUCAGUUUGAAGGUUUCCCUUGGCACCUGGCACCCAAGCCCCUCUCCUCUAUUCCAGAUGUCGUGUAUCCACCCACUACUCAACACUGGAACCGUGUUCUCUGGAAAAUAAAUUUAAUUUUCGAUGGCAAUAGUGGCCUGUCCCUGU